AUGGUCCUUGGCGGUCGCUGUCCCGUCUACCCAGAUCUCCAUGUCAGUGGUAUCACACUUGCCCUCCGCGACCACAGCCACAGCCACCCUCAUGGUAGUCAGCGGAUCCUGCAGUCUCAAUUCAGCGCUGAGAUUCCAUCCCCAUUCGAGACAAACCAGCACAGUGGCCAGCCUAUCUCACACCAGCCACAUGAGUUCCAUGCCGCCACCAUCAUCAGCGGUGACAAGAGACACCACAUCACAGCAUGUGCAAGCCGUCCGGGUCUCUGCUACAUGAGCGCCGCUAUGGCUCGAUCCCUUCAACUUGGAUUUUUUCCAAUUCCAUCAAAGAUGCAAAAGCCAAUGUUCACUCUGAUUGGACUCGUGACGCCGACUCAUUAUUGUUCUUUCCGUUGCGAUAUCGAGGGUUUGCGUGUCGAGGGCCGGGAAUUGCAUGUGUCGCUCGUCGAAUCAGAUGAUCCCAAACUCUUCGCAUACCUGCAUCUCAGCGCAAAGUUUCUCGACAGUCUGCGCGUGCAGUCGCCCUGCGAACCAGGCCGAUUGCAUGCGGUUCAUCACUAUCACAGGCGCCGUCGAAGCGAGUUAGCCGCCUCUCCCAGCUAUGCAGGUUUCCCGGCUGGUGUCCCCCGCCCCAUGGUAUUCCAGGCCGCAGCACCACAAGCGCAAGCAACUGUCGACCUGAGGAACAUGCAUUUGCCUGUUCCCAACUUUCCGCUCGGAGGGGGUUCGUUAGGCUUCGCCGGCACCCCUACCACAGUCAGCUCUGGCGUGUUCUCGACAAACAUCGCCGGUCCAACUCCUGGUACCAGCUUUGGUGCGUCGGAUCUAUUUGACCUUGAAGGGACUUCUUCCGCUUCGGUCGACGCUCACUAUGAGCGCUCUUCUGGUAUCUCGUGCUGUGAUGAGGAAGCAAACAUGUAA